AUGUCCGACAACUUGGAAGCUUCAUCCCACUUGUUUGCUCGCUCUUCCGUUAAUGAUACUUCUUCGCAAUUGUCUCGUUUGGAAGAGGUAGAGCUUCUUGAGGGUGCCCUUCAUUCUCCUUAUAGAGAAGAGUUUCUAAACGAGGAGGCAUUGUAUUUGCCUCCAAAGCCUCAGUAUGGCAAUACCUAUUUGGCUGCUGGCCCUUAUUACGCCAACAAAAUGACCCCUGGAUGGCCUCUCAAUUAUUUCAUUGGGGUGGAAAGAUCUCGGUUCGAAAAAAGACUUUCCAACUUUUGGCUCCGAAAUUUCUUGCUGCAGGUUUUCGCUCCUUGUAUUGUCCUUAUUUGGUGUGCAAUACCUAUGCCAUUGUACCAGGAUAAUCAAGGCAUUGUUCGUAUAAAAUUUUGGUUUUUCUUUUUUUUUAUUACGGUAUCUAUAAUGCCGUCGGUUUAUUGUGGAUUACAAAACUUUUUCAUAUUUAUUCUGUCAAUUGGUGUUCAAAUUACAUUCACUUGGAUCACCUUAAUGUUCAUUUCCAUGAUCAUCCCCAUCGGAGUCUCUUUUUCAAAGUUGUGGAAAAAGCAUUCACGCCGAACUACUCAAUUUUUGUCCCAGUUGUCUUUGCUUGAACCCAGCGUUCGAAGCAACGCUGUCUUGGAAACCAUCGGCUGGAGAGAUGCCUACGCUCAUUAUUCUUGGUUUAUCAUUGUCCUUUGUGUUACCCUCAUCGUUUAUCUUGCCGGUGAAUAUCUUACCAAUAUUUACAUGUCUACACUUCCCCACAGCUCCAGUGUCGCUAUUGCAUAUGUGUAUUCUUGGAUGUGUACGGUUAGUUUGUGCAAUCUGAUUUCAUCUUGGAUAUUAAACACUAAGACCCACUCUUAUGCGUUAGUAUCUGUGUUUAAACUUUAUUUUGAGCUUACUCUUCAGGUUUACCUGCGUAAUCUGUAUGCCAGACUCGAAUCGCCUCAACAGUUUGUUCUUGUACAAAUUGCCUCUUCUCUUACCAUGAUGACCAUCUUCCCUUUAAUUUUGAUGUCGCGUACAGCAUAUCACUUUAAUAAGUCUCUCACAAAAAGCCUAGAUCCCUACGCAGUGUAUCGAAAAAACAUGGGCAGAAAUUUCUAUGUGAAGUGCGUUGCUUCCAACCUUAGUAUGCUUUCAUUCUUAGGCUGGUCUCUUAUCCUACAUUUUGGACCUAACGCGGCGAUUUAUCCAUAUUUUACGUUCACUAAGGAAAGUCCAUACAGUUUCAAGCUUACAUUCUAUGCUUCUUCUGCCGUGUGGGCAAGCGAGCUUAUCGCGGCCUAUUUUACUCGGCUGAUUAUGAGUAAAUAUUAUGAUUUCGAAGUCUCUUUGGAAGCUAUCCGUGAUUUUGUUGAAUACCCUGACAUGAUACCAGCUUUCAUCGCAGUCGGCAUUCAUGUUUUGCAAAACGUUUUAUUUAGCAUUAUUCAGUUACGAUUUUAA